AUGAAAUCUUCAUUGAAUCGUCCCGGAGAUCUCUCCCAGCUCCGUCGGCAACUCGAGGAUUCGGCCAUCUUCGCCCUCAAAGUGGCCAGAUCCCCCCAGGUCUACCUGGACGCUUCACGCACAUAUUUCUUCUCAAUUACUUUCAUCUCCCUCAUCCUGUCAAAAUGCUUCCAUCUCUGCGUCCAUCUCACGUCGCUCGCGGUUCCAUCACUCAUUCCGUGGGGCCCCACUUUCUUCCUGGUGGACAUCCUGCUCAUUCUGGUCGCGUGCUACCUGACCCGUUCGUUUGAAUCGCGGGUCUGGCAGAACGUAGCUGCAAUUGUAACUCUUUUAUUCAGUCUAUAUAUCUCCUCCGUAACCUCCGCCAACAUCUCCUUCUAUGUACAUACAGGUGCGGAGAUUCACUGGGGGAAGUCGGAAAGUUCUCAUGAGGACAAUUCCAAUACUGCUACCCAGACUGUUCUGUCCAUGUUGACUGUCGGUGUCUUCGUCGACACGUUGAUUAUGAUCGUUGCGUACUUCGCUACGCCGUAUCUAUUCCAAGCCACCGAAACUUUCCUGGAGAUUUGGGGUUCAUUUUCGCUAUUCCCUUUCCGCCGGUGUCUUCCACGAAAGCCAUUGUCCGAUCCAGAGACCUAUCAGCAGAUUGAAAUCGAUGACUAUGAUGAGGGUCACAACGACAGCGACUCCGUAUCACAAUUGGAUACACCUCGUCAACCCGAGCAGAAGCCGACGCGGUCGUUGCUGAAGCGCGUGAUCGUCAUAUCGUGCGGCUUAAUCCUAGUUCUCCUCAGUUGCAUUCGUCCACGCGGUGCGGAUUACGGCUAUCUCUCUGGCUCCCUGUCUCUUGCGCCGUUCAGCAGCCACAGAUAUUCGCCCGCUCAUGAAACUCCAACGCCAGCGAAUGGAAGUGCCCCUCCUGCAAUUGCCCCUCCUACAAGUACCCCAGAAAAUACCCCAGAAAGUACCCCAGGAAAGGCUCCAGAAAAAGUCCCAGCAAGUGUUCCAGAAAGCGCCCCUAAAAUUCCUGCUAAUGGAAAUGCCACCUAUGAAAAUGUCACCUUGUUACCGGCCGAUUUCAGCUGGCUGGAGGGCCACACUGCUCUGGACUCCUUCCCCACAUUUGACUGGUUACCUUCAUACAAUUCGUCAGAUGGCUUCCCGGAUUGGUCUCCCUUCCGUAUCAAUAAGCACAACAAGGCCGACUAUGUGUAUGAACACUACAAUCCGUUGAAGGAUCCUCUGCACACGUCAAACCUCCAGAACGAUAUUUUGGAGCCUAUACGUGAACUUCUCCACAACGGAAGUGUGAAGAUUAAGCAUGUCAUUCUCAUUAAGCUAGAGAGCACUCGACAGGAUGUGUGGCCCUUCCGCUCAAACUCUUACAUCAUGAAGCACGUCAAUGAAUCUUACCCAGACGGCAUCCCCAAGGACGUCCAGGAUAGGCUCACUAAGCUCACUCCUACCGCCGAGCGCUUAACCGGGUUUGGGACCGGGUUCCAUAAGGACGGGGAUGAUCAUCCGAAGCCGUAUGGUGGCAUCAGUGCAAGCAACGCUUACACUUCCGGGACCUAUACUCUGAAGAGUAUUACGGGCACUGUGUGCGGAGUGAAUCCCAUGGCUGUUGAGGCCAACCUCGAGUACCUGCACGAUAUUUACCAGCCUUGCUUGCCGCACAUACUCGAUGCGAUAAACCACCAGCCAAACACCACUGGUGAGACAGAUGACUGGACUUCUUGGCCGUGGCAUACUAUGUGGAUGCAGUCACACCCUGACGACUGGGAUAAGCACUAUAUGCUUCAUCCUGCUCUAGGGUACAAGGAUAUCAUGGCAAAGCGAACAAUCGACGCAGGUGGUCGUAAAUAUAUCCCAGAAGAAACAGCAGAGGAAGAGGAACAUGGCCAUGAGGAUAAGCUAUUGAAAAAUUAUCUCCGGGAUGUCAUCGACGAUGCCAAGAAGAACAACACCCGCCUCUUUCUCAGCCAUCUAACACAUAAUACACAUACUCCGUAUUAUAUCCCUGGUGGUUAUAAGGAGAUGCUGGGGGAUGUGUCGACUGAACAGAACGAGAGAUUGAACCGAUACCUGAAUACUAUAGCCUACCAGGAUGAGUGGGUGGCCGAGAUCCUGAAGCUUCUUGAUGAUGCCGGCAUUGCCGAUGAGACCCUUCUAGUGAUGACUGGUGACCACGGUCUAUCACUUCCAAAUGACGGUGGUAUCACCGCCUGGCAUUCCCCUCACGUCGGCAAUUUCCACGUGCCGCUAUUCUUCUCUCACCCUAAGCUGCCCCAGAUCGAAGUCAAAACUGCUGUCCUCUCUACCCAAAUUCUCCCCACGAUUCUGGAUCUUCUCGUCGAAACCUCCUCUAUUGAUAAGCAGUCGAAUAAGAUCAUCAAAGAUCUACUCCCGAUGUACGAGGGCCAGUCGAUGAUACGCGCACUUAUCCCCGAGCACAAUGGCAAGCAAGAAUGGCAUUUCUCCACAAUGAACCCUGGUGGAACGUGGUUCACCAUGCGAGCGGCCGCACAGCCGUACCGUUUGGUCGUGCCCCUCAAACCCGAAGCUAAGUGGCGAUUUACCGAUGUCAUCGCCGACCCAUUCGAGCUCAAACCCCAGGAAGAUCACCAACUCCUGUUUUUGGUCGACGCCGUGCGGAAGCAGCAUGGACCUGAGGCUGUGAAGUGGCUCAGCGAGGCGGCUCAUGUGGCCAAGUGGUGGGUUUCGGAGAAUCACCGCCGUUGGAAAUAUGAUCCUCAGAACCCAGAGAACAAUUGA